AUGGCUAAGCUGAGCCCUGAAGGUGUCAAUUCAGAAUAUUCAGGAAAAUAUCCCAGGAAGGAGAAUCCAAGGUGGUUGGAUGUGCUUCUGAAUAGGGUUUUCACCCUUGAAUGGGUAACUCACAGAGUAAUCCAACUCCUAAUACAUCCAGCUGAACAAGUUUUGGAUGGAGUGGAGGGAAGCAUCUCAGAGAACGGCCCAAGGCAAAGCAGACCUAUGAAAUCUGCCUUCAUGCCCGCAUCUUUGGCCUCACCUGUGAGGAAUGUCUCUGUGCCAAGCACCUCAGGCACACAACUCCGCAGAGGAGAGGACGUGGCAGCAGUAGGAAGAUUACAUAACGAUAGCAGUAUUUUUUUCCUUAGAUGUGAUGCCGAUCCAUCAGCCUUGGCUAACUAUGUUGUGGCAUUGGUCAAAAAAGAUAAACCAGAAAAAGAACUGAAGGCUUUCUGCGCUGAUCAGCUAGAUGUCUUUCUGCAAAAAGAAACCUCAGGCUUUGUUGAUAAACUCUUCGAGAGCCUAUACACCAAGGAUUACCUAGCUCCCAAUGAACCAGCAAAGCCAGAGUUGAAGCCUGUGUGUCAGGUCAAGGAAGAAAUCAAAGAGGAGCCAUUUCAGGAGACUUUUGAAGAUGAGCGAGAGGGUAAAAAGAAGAAAUAUACUAGCCCACAGAAAAAUCGUUCAGAUUCUAAUGAGCAAAGAACUAGAGAGAGAAAAAGAGAUGAUGGCAAGUGGAGAGAUUAUGAUAGAUACUACGAACGGAAUGAUUUGUAUAGAGACAAAUACGAUUGGCGAAGGGGAAGAAGUAAGAGUCGCAGUAAAAGUAGAGGACUUAGCCGAAGUCGUAGCCGCAGCAGAGGUAGAAGCAAAGACCAGGAGGCAAACAAAGAAAGGGAUGCAAACAGAAAUGUUGAUCACAGAGAUCGAGCCAAAUUUAAAUGUGAAAGGAGUGAUAUGGAGAGCUCAUAUAACCCAGUGGCUUUGUCUUCCGUUAACUCUACUGAACAGUAUUCCUCUGGAGCACAGUGUAUUCCCAGUGCUGUUACUGUGAUUGCACCUGCUCACCAUCCUGAAAACACAACAGAAAGCUGGUCGAAUUACUACAACAAUCAUUCUGCUCCUAAUUCGUUUGGCAGAAACGCUCCACCAAAAAGACGCUGUCGAGAUUACGACGAGAGAGGAUUUUGUGUACUUGGUGACCUCUGUCAAUAUGAUCACGGAAAUGACCCCUUGGUUGUGGAUGAGGUAUCUUUGCCAAGCAUGAUUCCAUUUCCUCCACCACCCCCAGGACUUCCUCCUCCUGGAAUGCUUAUGCCUCCUGCGCAAGGCCCAACUCACAACAUGAGAAUGCCAGGGCCACAUGUACAUCCUCGGCCGCCACCACCUGUUAGAAUUCCUAUACCAAGGCCACCUUUAUCACAGGCAAGUUUGAUUAACAGCCGUGACCAGCCAGGAACAACUACAGUGCCCAGCCUUGCACCAGUGGGAGCUAGACUACCUCCUCCACUACCCCAAAACCUACUAUAUUCAGUAUCAGAACAUACGUAUGAACCAGAUGGCUACAAUCCAGAGGCUCCUAGUAUUACCAGUACUGGUAGAUCUCAGUAUCGACAGUUCUUUUCAAGGACACCAAUGCAGCGUCCAAAUCUUAUUGGCCUAACAUCUGGUGAGAUGGAUACAAAUCCAAGAGGUGCUAAUAUUAUCAUCCAGACUGAACCUCCAAUUGGCAUUGCAAGUAACAGCAGUAAUGUAUCUAGAGUGGUGCUUGAGCCAGACAACAGGAAGCGGGUUUCAAACACUGUAGAAGGGCCAUCUCCAAAGAAACCCUGGAUUGGAAAACAAACUAAUAACCAGAAUAAGCCAGGAUUCCUGAAGAAGAACCAGUAUACAAACACCAAAUUGGAAGUUCGUAAAAUACCACCAGAGCUAAACAAUAUUACUCAACUUAAUGAACAUUUCAGCAAAUUUGGAACAAUUGUCAACAUUCAGGUUGCCUUCAAGAGUGAUCCUGAAGCUGCUCUAAUUCAGUACUUAACAAAUGAUGAAGCGAGAAAAGCUAUUUCUAGCACAGAGGCAGUGUUGAACAAUCGGUUUAUACGAGUGCUAUGGCACCGAGAAAACAAUGAGCAGCAGCCAUUGCCACUAUCCCAGCAGCAGCAGCAGGCGCCACCACCUCUUCAUCACCCGCUUCACCUGCAGCAACAAAUGCUGCCACAGCCUCCAGCCGUAACAAUGCACAGCAGUAUGGCAAAGGUAACAAAGCCACUGACAUCAGGUGCUUACAUCAUCAAUAAGGCCCCAGUUAAACAUCGUCUUGGAGCACCUGGUGGAAAUCAGCCAGACGCUCAACAUUUAUUGCUUAACCAGUCUAGUGCUUCUGCAGAAGAUGCUCAGAUGUUUCCCACUUCAAUUGGCCAUUCAAAGAUGGUUUACAGUUCCUCCAAUUUGAAGACGUCUAUAAAGCCUGGUACAGGAAAUAAAUCUCAUGAUGUCCAAGAAGUUUUUAAAAAGAAACAGGAGGCAAUGAAGCUGCAGCAAGACAUGAGGAAGAAAAAGCAAGAAAUGUUAGAGAAACAAAUAGAAUGUCAGAAGAUGUUAAUAUCAAAAUUGGAAAAGAAUAAGGCCACAAAACCAGAGGAAAGAGCAGAUAUAAUGAAGACACUGAAAGAGCUAACAGGAAAAAUCUCUCAGUUGAAAGAUGAGUUGAAAACUUCAUCUGCCAGUUCUACAGCAUCAAAACAGAAGUCAAAAACAGAGGCACAGAAGGAACUUUUGGAUGCAGAGCUAGACUUUCAUAAAAGGCUGUCUUCCGGGGAAGAUACAACAGAAUUAAGGAAAAAGCUCACCCAGUUACAGGUGGAGGCUGCCCGUUUAGGUAUCUUGCCCGCUGGUCGUGGAAAAUCGAUGCCUUCUCAAAGCAGAGGACGAGGACGAGGUCGGGGAGGGAGAGGGAGAGGUACAGUGAAUCAUAUGGUGGUAGACCACCGUCCCAAAGCAAUAACCAUUGGUGGCUUUGUGGAAGAGGAGAAAGAUGAGUUGCUGCAGCACUUUGCGAAAUUUGGAGAUAUUGAAGGCCUUCAAGAGGAGGAUUCUCCUUUAAGUGUUGUUCUAACAUUUAAAUCCCGUUCUGAAGCUGAAAAUGCGGCCAACCAAGGAUUAAAGUUCAAAGACCGACGACUACAGAUAUCAUGGCAUAAACCCAAGGUACCCUCUGUGUCCACAGAAACGGAGGAAGAGGAACCCAAGGAAGAGGAGACAGAAGCUUCAGAUUUAUUUUUGCCUGAAGAUGAUGACGACGAAGACGAAGACGAAGAUGAAUCUCGUUCCUGGAGAAGAUGAAACUUGAAAUGGAAUCAAUAGUUUUAGAAUUGUUGAACUAAAACUUUUAAAAAAAUAUUUAAAGGAAGUCAAUGAGCCAAAAAUUGUUUUUGUUUUUUGUUUUUAUUUUCAUACACACAAGAAAGCAAGUGUGAGUUUGAGAUAUUAAACUUAACAAAUAAGUAGCCACGAUCAGCCGAAGGCUAAGUGUUGCAAAGGUGGUUGUGAUCCUCUGAAGAUGGAAUGUAUCAAUCUUUCAAGCCCAACUUGUGUUUAUUUUGUUUUUAAAAUAUGGACCUUUUUCAAGCUAUCAAUGGCUUUAUAGGCUUUAUUUAGUAAUGUAGAGUGUGAGAUGAGAGCUUUCUGUGAAGUUCAUUUAUACGUCAACAUUUCCUGGAAUUUGGUAAUUCAAAAGUCGACUCCUUAGUUAGGUGGCAGACAAGUUAUCCAGUUUGAGUUUCACUCCUGUCUAGAAUUGCUCCGAAUCUUACUGUGGAUUAUACCAUUCAGCUAUCUAGCAGAAUUACAGGGCAAUGCUGCCAAUUUCCACAUUCAAACAAGUCCACAUCAAUGACAGCUGCUCUUGUCUAAUAUGGCAGUUCUUCUCAAUCUAAUCUUCAGACAUAGCCCAGCCUUACUACUUUUUGGGUGCAGCUUACCACUGCUCUGUGAAUUCCACGUUUACUUUCAUGGAGCAUCCAUGGACCUCCUGCAUGAAUCCUAUUAAAAUGAACAGAGCAGUUAGUGCUUGAUGAAUAGCUGGUAUAAAUAAAUGCAUCUAAGUGCUUUUAAAAGUGUCCAGCCAUUUGAGUUCAUUUUUUGUCCUUUGUAGCUAAGUAAGCUGCUUCUUUUUUUUUUAACCUUUUUAGGUCAAGCCUCCACAGUAUUCAAAGCAACUUGUUCUUUUUUUAAACACAGAAAGCCCUAGGUCUUUUUUAGAAAAAUCAUUAAAAUGAUAUGAGACCAUCACUUCUAAUAAUAUUGUGCUUAACUCUAAAGAGAGCAACUUUGGUAAAAGAAAUGUUGAAAAGAGACUGAUUAACUUAGAUGCUUUUUAUUUCCAUGCUUUUUGGUUAUGCUUUCCCUUCCUUCCCCCACACCACUUUUUUUAUAGCACCUAACAGUAGCUGGGGUAGAUUGCGAUAGAAACCAUAUUAAACUAUUUUGGCUUUCUAGGGCAAUAGAUCUUCAUACUCAACUCAUGUGUCACUUGCUUCUGUUAAGCCUAAGCACAUUGUCCUGUAGAUUCCCCCCCCCCCCCACACACACACACUCUUGGUGCCUCUGUACUAUGCCAGUACACAGUAGGGCCAUUUUAUAUAGGAAAGUAUGUUAUGCCACAGCGUUCUGAAUGUUAGAGUCAAAGAAGCAGAGCAAACAGUACUGUUCUCAACUCCUGUGGUACUGGAACACUAAUGCAAGCAAGUUAAAAAAACAACUAUUAUUUUUGAAGUUUUCUAUUAAAAUGUAUUACUGCAAAUGGUACUUUACCCUCUCUUAAGUAUCAGAAGUACUACAUUAGAUCUCGGCUAGCCACAUAAAGUCAAGCACUCUGUUCUUCCUAUUCUUUUGGGUACUGUUGUGUGUGUUGUGGUAUGUAAAGUCCAAAGUAGUAUCAAUUUAAAUUCCAAGUCAUACUUGGAGAGGAGUGUAAUUUGUCAGCAGUUUUUUGCCCUUUACACAAAGACCUUUGUUUUCUAGAUUAUUGCUACAUUCCGACUAAUGUUUAAUCUCAGUGAAUUACGUUAGAAGAAGAAAGCACGAAUAUUGCACACCGUAACAGGCAAAGCCUUGCUCUUCCCCCCAUUGCCUGCAAUGUCUUUGGAAUGCCUGUGACUCAGUAUGUGGCCAUCACAUAUACUGACCCAUUGCAGCAAAAUGCUUGAAUCUGAACAGUUUAAUCAAAUGAUAGAGGGAACAAAGGAUUUAUAUAUGUGUAUAUAUAUAUUGUACAGGGUUUUCUUAAAACUGUAUAAUUGUGUAAAUAUUUUGCUUUUUUUGUGUACUAAAACUACCAGCAUCUAGAUUUCCAUAAGAAUUCUUGUAUUUUUGUAUCCGGAAGAUUACAGUGAGUGAAUGAAGCUGUAAGAGAAAUUUCAAUAGCCUUUGGCACAGGUAGACCGGAUAGGAUUCCUUUUCAUAUGGUUUUAAAAUAACAUUUUGUUAGCACACUGUUCAGAACAGGAUGGAUGUCCUUGCUCAGAGUGUUGGCUUUUUUUUCAUGGGGAGCGAGAAAGAUUAGGGGCCAUGGGGAAAAUAUUUAUUUAAUGGGGAUUUUUCCCCCCUUCUCUUUUCUUUUAAAAUAUUUGUUGGCUUACAUAAAUCCUCUGGUGACAUCUUAAAUGUGAUUUCUCAGGCCAGAAGCACAAAAAUGAGUUGUGCCCCUGAACCCAUGUAUUGAAAGCAUACUAUUACGUUACUGAGAAUGUAAGUGAUGGGCAGCAUAGUAGUAACUCACUUAAUACAAAGGAGAAAGGAAAACUAGUUCAAAGUGACCUUCAUUUUGACAUAGCUAUGGAUCUCCCUGUGUUGUGUAUUAGAACUUAGUAGGAUACCAUUUGUGUUUCUAGGUAGGUAACUUCUGGUAACACUUCAUUUUUUACUGCUGUGGAAUUGUCACUUCUGCAUUCAUAAGCUAUGAUGGAGAGCAUAAUAUAAUACCUACUAAGUGACUUGAGAAUGAUAAAUCAAUCUGAAAUAAAAGGCUACUACACAAGGAGUACCACUUCACUGACCACUUAGUGUGUAAUCCCAUUGCAAUCCAGACGAAUGCCACAAUGUAAAUGGUCAGUGAAUCACCCCCCUCAACCUCUACAGAUAUUAAUGCUUCUACUAUAUAAGCUGUCAAUUAAACUGUGGUAUAAAAAUUUUGGUUGGUUUGUUUUAAAUCCUUGAGCAUAAAAAAGCCUAGCAUCUGAAAACUGAUUUGAAAAAUAUAUGCCCACAUACAGUGGAGAUGCUUCAACAGUUUUUAACAAAAUCAUGUGAAAAGGAAUGGUAAAUUCCUCUCAAUGUAUAGUAAACUUGUAUUAUAGUUUUUACAAGAUUGUGAACUUGUGUAAUAGUAUAUUAGGAGAUAUUGUUGGAUUUCUAACUGUUUAUACAUUUAAAUUCAUACAUGUAAUGUUUGUUUUAUUGAUUACACUCUGAAUUUCUAAGAUGCAUGUUGACUUUUUUGCAAUAAAGAAAGAAUAUGGAAUGGCAUAAAA